AUGACCUGUGAAGAAGACAUUUAUCUCAGUGAAUGCUCCGAAAGGAAGAUCAAUGCUUUUAACAGAGGAAUAGUUAUUAAUGAUGUGCCGUUCCAUUUCCUGUGUUACAGGUCUAAACCAUCUGUCAGCAGUUAUGUUGAUGCCAUGCUUCCUCCUAUUGGGGUUGGUCUUGGUUAUGGAAACGGAUCCGGAAUGGACGUCAAGACGGAAAACGCCGCCACAGUCGCUAGCACUGCCGUUGCUGUAAAAGCUGCCGAAGCAGUUUCCUUUCCAUUCCUACAGAACAGUGUUCCUAAUGGAAAUUUACCAAGAGGGCUUUCCUUUUACGAACCCAACAGCGCUUCGAUGGCUCAAGCUUCAAAGAGUACCGGAGCAGAUGUAUUUUCUGGAAUGAAUUUGUCUAUGCAGGCGUUUAACAACACUACUGCCACAGCAUCAAGUGCUGCCGUUGCCUCUCAUAUCAAGGAAGAACCUAACUCUCUCCAAGCACCUCAUUUCAAUAUGCCAUGUUUCAACUAUAAUUUGAAACAUGUUAUACCUACAUGCAAUCCAAGCACUUUUUCUACCCAAGAUCCUUAUCAAACCCUUUGCUCGACCAGUAGACAAUUGGCGCACUCAGGAAGUGGUCAGACUCAGCUUUGGCAGUUCCUAUUAGAGCUUCUAUCCGAUGCUCGUCAUCAAGAAGUGAUCACUUGGGAAGGCACCCAGGGAGAGUUUAAGCUCGUUGAUCCAGAUGAGGUUGCCAGGAAAUGGGGAGAACGCAAAUCCAAACCCAACAUGAAUUACGACAAGAUGUCACGUGCUUUGAGAUAUUACUAUGAUAAGAACAUCAUGGCUAAAGUUCAUGGAAAGAGAUAUGCUUACAAAUUCGACUUCCAAGGGAUCGCUGCCGCCAUUCAACCACAGACUCCGAGCUCAACGUCAACCGAUUAUCUGGCAGUGAACCGAUUACCUCAAGAAUUCAUGCAAGGGCCUUGGAGUAAUUACCGCUCUCUUAUCCAGCCAGGUUUCCAACCUGGAACAACUCUGUUUACGCCUUCAAGCAUGGGGUAUGGUAGUUUCUCUACUACUAACAACACAUCACUUCCCACAAGAAAUUUCCCUCUGUACGGCUCCAACAUGAGUAAUUAUUCAAAAUGCGCUUUUUGA